AUGGAUAUCACGGGACCAUUGAUGAUUAGUACACAAAAACUGACAAGCCUUGCUUUUAAUCUCUAUGAUGGCAUGCACCGUCCAGACAAAGAUUUGUCCAACUCCCAACGACAAUAUGCUGUUCGGUCAUUACCCAAUGUGCUGCAUUUUGGCAGCUACAUGUUCUGUUUCCAUGGAAUUAUUAUUGGUCCACUAGCAUUUUAUGCUGACUACAUUCACUUUAUUAAUGGCGACUGGUAUAAACAGGAAGUCAUUGAUGGCAAGAUUGUCCAGGUACCACUAGAGAAUGUUCCUUCUCCAAAGGAAACCGUGACUAAAAAGUUGAUUGUCUCCCUUGUUUGCGCCAUUAUCCUUUUAACGAUGCCUUCAGUAAUGCCACCACAAAAAUUGUUAGAGCCUGAUUUUAUUGAACACACAAGUCUUCUCUGGAAGAUGCUUUACAUGACAGUUGCAGUCGCAUUUGUGCGUGAAAAAUAUUAUUUUGCCUGGGUCCUCACUGAAGCUGUGAAUAAUUCUGCUGGACUUGGAUUUAAUGGCUUUGAUGAAAAAGGAAAUGCCAAAUGGGACCUGUUAGAAAAUGUGAACAUUGCUGGUGUCGAGCAAGCAACCAGUCAAAAAGAAAUUAUUGACAAUUGGAAUAAGACAACAACUUACUGGCUUCGUCAUGUGAUAUAUGACAGAGUGAAACGAAUGCGAACAUUGUCUGUAUUUGCUAUCAGUGCCUUCUGGCAUGGUUUUUAUCCUGGUUACUAUGUAACUUUUGCAACAGGCGCUUUGUACACAAUUACAGCAAGACUGGUAAGGCGAAAUAUUCGACCAAUCUUUCUGAAGGCUAAUCUCCAUUUUCUUUAUGAUAUCAUCACCACAAUUGUCACCAGAGUUACCAAUUCCUACGGAGCACUGCCAUUUGUCUAUUUGGAAUUUAUGCCAGGAAUUAAAGCUUAUUUAUCUGUCUAUUGCUGGGUACAUGUGUGUUGCUUGAUAGUCAUUCUUCGAUAUUCUCUGUUUGCUGCACCCCGAAAGAUUGAAAAGGAUGAAACUACCGAGAAGACAAAUCCAGGAACUCCUCUAAAAGAAAAAGAGCAUUGA